AUGUAUGCUGGGUACACUAUACCCAAUAUAGCAAACUUGUCGUACAGCCGAAGGAGUGUGACAGAAUCUUUGGACUGUGUCUGCGUUGUGACUGUUGUGGCAGCAUAUGACUUCACUCUUCCAGUUAAUACUCCUCAGGCUGACUUCCCAUUGACACAGCCAAGCCCUGUAUCUGCAACUUCUGUUGGAUCUGUAAAGCACAUCGUUGCUCCUCGGCCACAGGCAGUGACUGUGACUGUUCCAUUCUGUAGAGUUAAAGCAGUUGAGUCAGAUACUACUUUUGAAAGUGAGAGUGAUGAAAAGAUGAGUGAAGAGAGUGAAGCUGACAGUCAAAGUGAUGGGAGAGAAAAUAAAUGUGAAUUAUCAUUUUUUCCUGAUGAAGAUGAAGAGGAGUACAUCUUCUUUCAGAAAACCCUAACUGCUGUUAAGAAUUGGUUCACUCUCUUUGGUUGGUCUAAGGGACAAAAUCCUAUUUCAGUACCAUAUUCACUAAGACGUGAUGUGUGUAAAGUUCAAGUGACCUCUUCGCAAGAAAAGGUUUUUAAACAAAACCUUGGCAAAGAUACUAAGACUGUUUAUGACAUGUUAUUCCAUCUGAGUGGACAGUUGUUACCAGGCAUUACAUCAAGCCAGUCAUUGCCCCUUGAUCCAGUUGAACGAAUGUUACAGCUCCACUGGCAACAUUCUACAUUGCUUGCUUUCCUUAAAAGCCAAGGAGCAUGUCUUUCUCAUGUUAUGCCAGAAUUUCUGCUUGAACCUGAUGAUUAUAAGAAAUGGAUUAAAGUGCAAAGUGAACUGAAGGGUCAGACAGCUGACUUGAAAAAAGGAGAUGUGAAAAACUCAGACAUGUUUAGCAGCAAGCAUCUAUUCAUUCUGGAGGACAGCAUAUUUGAGACAAUGAGCAAACGAGCUUGGACAGAUGUGCUACUGCAGGUAUACAAGGUGUUUGUUCUUCCACGUGUUUCUUCAUGUAAUAUCACUGAUCUGUUCAGCUUGGAAAGCGUGCAGAACAUGCCAAGAAUAAAAUCAGAACCUUUAUCCAGUAAUAUAUAUUCUCCAUAUGAACGAACCAUCCUCACCUGGUUGAAUAAACAUUAUGAGAAGAAUCGAAAAACUGUGUGGAAAGAUUGUCAAAAAGGUGAAGUACCACCAAUGAGAUGGAUAGUAAAUUUUGACCGAGAUCUUCUAGAUGGUCUGGUAUUGGCAGCACAGCUGGCAGCUUAUUGUCCAUAUUUGGUUGCUACUCACUUUGUAAGGAUGUAUACUAAUCCAAGAACUCCUGAACAGUUUUUGCACAACUGUUUGAUACUUGUGAAUGCUAUGCAUGCUGUCAGUCUGGCUAUAGACAUAAAGGCCACUGAUAUCUGUGAUCCAAACCCUGUCAUGAUGCUUAUUCUGUGUGUCUACCUACAUGAAACUCUCCCUCACUACUUACCCAAGAAGACUAUAGAAUUUACAGGUGCGCUCCAUGCAACUGUUGUUAAACAGGUGCGUCUGAAAAACCCAAGCAGUAAAACUUUGAUGUACAGUGCUAUUCUUGUAGGAAGAGAUGCUGAUGAUUUCUCAUUACCUAAAGGAAACACUGUCACAAUUGCCCCUAAGAGACAAACAAAUAUAAAUGUGGAAUUCACUAGUCGUUUUCUGCGCCCUGCUGAAGCAGUGUUGCUACUGAUCUCAAAGCAUGUGGGUGGAAUAAAUGGUGCCACACUGACAUUCUCUCUGAAAUCUGAAGUCAAGCAUAUUGAGCCUGCUGAUAUAUUAAAAUGCAAAUCGCCAUGUUAUGAGCUGAAGAAAGUUAUCCUAAACGUUACUAAUCCCUUCAGAAAUGAUGGCAUAUUCAGUUCUGAAAAUAACAUAUUAAAUUGUAAAAAUGGUGCACUGCCUGAAGAUCCAAAUGAAGAGAACAACUUAAAUUGCUCUGACCAAUCCAGCCUCCUGCAUGAGUUCUUCAGUCCAGUGGAAAAACUGUUCUUGGAAGGGAGAAGUUCUGCAGGCUUAGAUAUUCACUUUCUUCCCUUUAAUCUGGAAAAACGUUACUGCACUGUCCUUCUGGUUAAUGAACUGAUUGGAGAAUUCGUAUACCUGAUAGAGGGAACAGGUGAUAUACCUUUACCUUCAAGAUUGCUUCCAAUGGAUAGUCCAAAUAUUCUGCAUGUUAGCAAUACGUUAGAAGGUCUGAGUGCAGUAGAGCCAGUUUUAUAUUUGAAAUGUGGUUUUGCUCAGAUUCUUGAAGAAAAUCUGAGGAUUCCAUUGAUCAAUGAGUCAAGAGAGAGGGCUCUGGCCAUUGCUGCACAACAGCAGAUGUCAACUAUUGAAUAUGAAAGAAGAAAGAUCACAGGGACUCUGCAGAGCAGUAGUGUUCGAGUUGCAACUGCAUUGUUAGGGCUGUCCAGAGUAGAGAGACGUGCACUCCUGAAACCUCAUAAAUUCCCCCCAGAGCUGAAGUAUGUGGAUUACAGUGUAGAAGUGAGCAUGCAAGAAUUCUUUAAGGUUCCUGAGAAGUUCUCUAUUCCAGUGUUGGCAUCGAGCAGAGUUAAUCUGAAAGUUCCAUCAGCAAAAGACCUUUCACCUCAGAAAACAGGGUAUCUGUACAUGGUUAUAUCAAAGUUAAUGUAA